GGAAGAGCAGCCCAUCCCCGACUUUCUCGCAGAGAGAUCAAACAAUAAACCUUUCAGAACACCUCCUCACCCUUACCCUUGGCAGCUUCGGCAGUAGACAGACACAGGCUGUCAGGCUAUAAUAACUUCGUUCGUCCGUCUGCUUGUUAUUCCCGUGCAACCGACAAACUUUGCUGCUGUUUGACAGCCACCCUGCCAUCAUCAGCAGCAGCAUCAUCAGCAUCAUCAUCAGCAUCAUCGUUCCAUUCACGUGCGGCGAGUCAAGCAACAGAGGCUCGACGAGCUCACUGACGCAAACACUCUCUGUUCGGCUUCCUCGUGUUGCACUUCCAAAACAUUACAACAUCAACAACCACCACCACCACCACCACAACGAGAACGACAACCUUGGAACUCAUCGGAACAACCGCCCCGAAUCCUCGCGUUCUCGCUGUAGUUCACGGCUCUGAGAGAGAGCUCGACGGCGGAGUCCGCACCACCUCCGUCAUAUCCCUCCAAGGGAAACACAAACCCGACGAAGAACCGGCUGGCGCUUCCGCAUGUGAAGCUCGCUCAGCCGACCAGACUUCGCCGUGGAGGAGGUAAGAAACCCACGCGAGCGUCCGCGUUCUUCUAAAGCGGUGUCAAGAGAACCCUCGCCCGUUACUAUUACUGCUCGACCUCAUCGCCGCUCUGCUGCUCCACGCCGCCCUGGUCACGUCUCGUCGAAGAGCUCCAGCGCGGUGCCUACCUUGUCCACCACCAACAUCGCGUCUGAACGGGCCAGCUCCACCACCACCGCCGCCGCCGCCGCGUCGACAGCACUACCACCACCGAGCUCGCUGCUCGGCCUGCGCGCAGUCAGCACCAUGUCCCACUCCAGCGACGCUUUCGGCCAGCACGGCGCAGUCGACUUGCUGCGUCAGUCCCUCAUGCAUGGCAGAGCGACCAUGGCCGCCGCCGACGACGAUCACCAUGACCACAUUGGCAGUGGUGCUUCGACUCCGCCCAAUGGCACCGCGACGCCGCGUCCCGAUGCUCACCACGACAAACGCCUCCCCCAAUUAGUGAAUAGUUAUUUUGCUCAGAACACCCCACCGCAGACUCCUCGAUCCGGAUCACUCGCAAGCAGAUCGAACAAAGACGAUGUCUCGCACGCGAAAGCCGCCAAAUCCACCAAAUCGAGUCGAUCGAGUUCGAGUAACUCCCAAGGUGCUGUUAUUGGCUCGCUCCGAGGGCAGUUGGAGAUCAGCAUCGAAGAGGGCAGAGGACUGAAACCAGCAACGGAUCCGUAUGUGGUCUGCAUCUUCCAGCUGAACGAGGACAUCUCUGGUGGACCCAAGGAAGAUGAGAUGGCGAUUGACGAUGACAAGCCACAUGAAGAGAACUUGGCGAAAGGUGUGGCCAUGAAGCGCAUGGGCAGCGGACAGGGUGUGGCCAUGGCGAUUCCUGGCUUGAAGAGCAGACAGACCAGUCAGACGAAUAUUGCGGAUCUGCGGAGAGGCUUGCAUUACAAGCAGCAAGAGACGACAGACCCCGUGUGGAGGCACAAGGCGACGUUUGAUGUGGUGGGCGACAACAACGAGAUCGACAUCUCCGUGUACGACCGCGCUAACAACGAGUCGUUCAUCGGACAUGUGCGAAUGCCGCUCGAUUUGAGCGACUACGAGCAUCAGCACGAAGACUGGUUCAAGCUCCAGCCGCGAGAGGGUCUGGACGAGACGGUGUCGGGCGAGCUGCACAUCAAGCUUGCAUUCCACAUUGCAGGCAAGAAGAGUUUCGGACCGGACGACUUUGAGAUUCUCAAGCUGAUCGGCAAGGGCACCUUCGGUCAAGUCUUCCAGGUGCGGAAGCGAGACACGAAGCGCAUCUAUGCCAUGAAAGUGCUCUCCAAGAAGGUCAUUGUCCAGAAGAAGGAGAUUCAACAUACGAUCGGGGAGCGUAACAUUCUCGUCCGAACAGCGACGACAGAGUCACCUUUCAUCGUCGGCUUGAAGUUCUCCUUCCAGACUGCUGCAGAUCUGUACCUGGUGACAGACUACAUGUCGGGUGGUGAACUCUUCUGGCAUCUGCAGAAAGAGGGUCGAUUUGUGGAAGAAAGAGCCAAGUUCUACAUUGCCGAGCUCAUCCUUGCGCUGCGCCAUUUGCACCAGCACGACAUUGUAUACCGCGAUCUGAAGCCGGAGAACAUUUUGCUCGAUGCGAAUGGACACAUCGCACUGUGCGACUUCGGCCUGUCCAAGGCGAAUCUCGCCAAGAAUGACACCACCAAUACCUUCUGUGGUACGACGGAGUACCUGGCUCCGGAAGUGCUUCUGGACGAGCAAGGAUACACCAAGAUGGUGGAUUUCUGGUCACUCGGCGUGUUGGUCUUUGAGAUGUGCUGUGGCUGGUCCCCCUUUUACGCCGAGGACACGCAGCAGAUGUACAAGAACAUCGCUUUUGGCAAAGUGCGCUUCCCGAGAGACGCGCUGUCAGCGGAAGGGCGCAGCUUUGUGAAGGGCUUGCUCAACCGGAACCCGGCACAUCGAUUGGGAGCGAAGGCUGACGCCGAAGAGCUCAUGGCUCAUCCGUUCUUCAACGACAUCGACUGGGUCGCGCUCGGCAAGAAGUCCAUCGCGCCACCUUUCAAGCCCAAGUUGAAGGGCGAGCUCGACACCAGCAACUUUGACCCGGAAUUCACCAAUGCUUUGACUUCUGGCGAUCAGAACUCGUUGAAUGCCAGAGCUGCAGCACUCGCCAGCGGCAUUCACGAUGAAAGCACGCCCCUCAGUCCCACUAUGCAGAACCAGUUCAAGGGCUUCACAUUCGUGGACGAGAGUACCCUGGAACAGCAUUACGCCGACCGCAAUGAAGGCAUGUAUGGUAUCGAUAACAACGGCCUGUCUCGUACCUUCAGCAACAAAGCGGGAGACAGAAUGAGCGGUCUGGAGCCUACCAGCGCCAAGACCGAGAGCGCCGAUGGCGACUUCAACCACGGCAUGCUCGAUGAUAUUUGAGCGAAAGCAGCAGUGCAGUACGAUGCGAUGAGAUCACGAAGUGCAUUUGAUAUGGCGUCAAAAAGCAAGUGCUGCCAAGACGCAAAGGCAAGCGAGAUGCAAGGCGUGAUAAGACAGCGAGCGAGCAAUCAAGUCGACUAAAUACGCAUCAACGAUACCCCCUAUGGAGGCCUUCUCUCUCUUUCUCUAUGGAGCCCUCUCUUUCUUCUCAUGCUGUAGAACUGUACAGGAUGGGAAUUUUCUUUCAUCAUCACGAACGACUCUUUCAUCUGUUAGCGAGGCAGACUACUCCUUCUUUGCGACAUUGCCCAGCAAAUUCCCAGUGCAGCGCGAUUCAUGAUUUUUUCUCUUUUUCGGGCACAGGUUUUGGAGCGUACCCGCGGGAUGCAAGGUGGGAAGUUUCGAACGUGCAUUAGGCAGGCAACACUGGCGUUCAGGUAAUGUUUUACUGUUUUUCGGAGGGGUGUCCGGCGGGGUUGUCUGCUUACGACAGAGAGAUCACUGGGAUGGGCAAGCACUCAUCCACAGAACAAUGGACUCUCGACGGAAGCUACAACAUGCUGUCUCGCGCGUACACUUUUCAGGGCGAACGAAAUCAGAAUGAGAAUGGGCGAAACACCAGAGGCGCAACGACGGGAAUGGAGGCCAUCUCGGUCAGGUCAGGUCGGGUCAGCAGAGUUAUUGCGAGCAUCAUCACAGGCGAAGUGUGGUUUUUUGUUAUCUGUUUGUUUGCUUUUCUCUCCUAUGGUACAAACCCCCACAAAGCAUCUCUGUGAGAGAGAGGGAGAGCAAGAGAUAGCUGGGGGUUUGUUCAAUAAUAAUUCACACUGGGGAGGAAAGCGUAUGUUUGUGUGUAACUACAUACCUGUAACUACUCAAAUGACUUGAAACGGGUCCAUGUAGUUUGAAAC